UGCAUACGCACAAAGUGUAAUGUUCCAUAACGCCGAACUACAAAAUAUUGACAGUGUAAGCUGUUCCAAAACGUAUACGAAAAAUUAUCGAAACGUAUCGGUAGAGCAACCAGCGCAUCACUAACAAAGUUGAUGCUUCGUUUGUUUUUGUUUGCGUUUGGUGUUUCAAAAAUGGAAAAUAGCGAAAGCGAAAGAAAGUGGACACAUGAGCAAAAGAAACGUCUGCUCAAUACAAGGCUGCGUAAUGAAGGGGAAUUCUGUGCCAAACGCAAGAAGCGGUCCGUUUUAUGGGGAAAAGUCUUGCGAGAAAUCAAAGAAGUGGAUAGUGACUUCCCGUUCUCUCGGGAUGAUAUAACAAGAAAAUUUCUAAACUUUACGGUCACUUAUAAACGCAUUAAAAAGCGAAACAACACAUCCGGCGAAGCAGCGACGACAUGGGAGUUUUUCGAUGAAAUGGACGAGGUUUAUGGUUGCCGGAGUGACGUUGUUGUGCCGGAAGGAAAUUUGGAAUGUUCACUGAUUGAAAUACUUUCUGGGACAAACGAGAAUAGUGAAUAUGAAAAAGAACCCGAUACUUCAUCACCGGAACCAAAAGCUAAAAAAAUGAAAAACGAAGUUCUAGAAUUUUUACAAAAAGAGGCUGAUAGUGACAAAGAAACGCUGAAAAAUUUUAUGGAUCUGGAAGAAAGAAAAAAAUCCAUCAAUAUGGAUCACGAUCCAUAUAUCGCGAUGCGUAUUGAUAGUGUAACAGGCGCCUUAGAAGGAAAAAGUCGAUUUUUGUCGUAA